GAGUUUUACUUUUUAAAAUCAUGGAAUAAUCAAAUUGUUUUAAUCUAGUUGGUGAGCAACUAAUUCCAUUGAAGGACCAAGUCAAACGUAGUAUUCAGAAGAAAAAGGGAGAAAAUGUAAGCAAAAUGACCUGAGUUUGUUGUCGGAUCUAGCUAGAUUCAUGGUGUUGUCUUGAGUCAAUCGGACGAAUGUUGGGCUAUGGCUCCGAUAGUUUUAAAAGUGUUUAUUAGCUUUAGAGGUGCGGAUUGCAGGGAUGAUUUUCUCAGCUAUCUGUGUGCGGAAUUGCGGAGACAGAAAAAUGUUGUAGUGUUGACUGAUGAGGAUUUCAAACGAGGAAAUGAAAUUGAGUCCGAGAUAAGAGAAUCGAUACAAGAGUCAACAGCUUCGAUAGCCAUAAUAUCAGAGGAUUAUGGAGGUUCAGAUGCUUGCUUGGACGAGCUAGUACUAAUGCUUAAACGACAAGAAAUAGAGGGAGAUGCGUAUAUGGUUCUCCCGGUUUUCUUUUACGUGACGAAGGAGGAAGUGAAGACCCAGACCGGGAGCUUUGCACAUUCAUUAGCCAAAAUGCGACAAAUUUUUGAGGAGCAACAAGUUAAAGUUUGGGUAAGAGCCCUGACUAAAGUUGCAGAUCUAGGGGGGCGUGAUGUUAUAAAUGACGAGCCUGAAAAUGAUGUGUGUAAUCUCAUCGUACAAGAUGUUCUGAGGCAUGUACACUGGCUUAACAAUGAUGCUGUUGUUCCAGCAACCUCAUAUGAGAAGCCAUUGGGAGUUGCGGCAUGUUUGGCAGAAACGACUAAGAAAUAUGGGGAAUCUGUAAGUCAUUGGAAUGGAAGCCCUUCGAAUACUGGGUGUCUGCAAAUUUCAGUUGAAGAAGACGAGGCACAACCAGAGGAAAAAUGUAAUGGAAAAAUAGUUGGUCGCUCUCAGUCUUGUUUUGCUUCUGAAGAAGAAUGUGUCCGUCGUCCUGCCUUCAUGGCUUUGCUUGAGAAACUAGUCGGUGGAGAUUCAAGUAGUCGCGGAAUUGAUAGUGAUAGAUUUGAGAGUGUAACACAUUCAUCCGAACAGAGUAUUUCUAAAAGAUCUGUUCAAGAAGCACUGCUAACUCUGAAAUCAUUCUUCUCUGAGGAUCCUGAGAUUGUUAGUCAAAAGCUGGGGGAUUGUAAGGACAGUUUCCAGAUUUUGAAGAGCUUGACUGAAAAGGAUGGACUUAAUACGAUGGGGAUGAUGAUGCUGCCAAAUCUGGAACAGGAAUCAGCUGCCGUUAUACAGAAGAGGCUCAGCGGUGCUCAAGGGAGGAAGGAAGUCGAGCUAAAGAUCCACAAACAACAUCAACUUUCAGUUGAAGUUCAGGAAUUAUUAGAGGAGUACAACAAGGUGGAGAAAACCAUGAAUUCAAACAGGGACAAGGCCAGGCAGCUUGAGAGCCAAAUAAGUAGGCUUCAAGCUCAAUUGGUUGCUGUACAGGGAAAGCACGAGGAAGACACCCGAUGCUUCCAUGAUUUGACUGCUGAAUUGAAGUCGCGUUAUGAGGAACUUAAGAACUUGAAAAAUGCCAACUUAGUUAAGCAGAAGUCUGACAUUGAAGAGUUUGAGCAACAUGCUUGCAAAGAGUGGGAAAUGAUUGAGAAUGUGAUUGAUGAAGCCAUCCCCAAAUUUUGCACCACCAACAACUGAGCUAUGCGAAUCCUUACAAACAGUAGUUGCAUUUGUUUAAUAGUCUUGUGGAGCUUCUUCAACUCAUAUUUUUCUUCUUGAAUUUCCUCCUUAUUUCAACGAACGUAUUACAGAUUUUUCGAUGGGGUUAUCAAAAAAUGUUCGUGCUAAAAUUAA